AUGACUUACAACCAACUAAAGUUUAGAGUGGAAUUACCCGAGGGUGAAGGUUUCCACCAAAUCGACCAAAAUCCUCACAAAGACAAUAGUACUCGAUCCGGUAUCUCCAAAAAGCGGUCGGGAGGAAAGCACCAGAUGGCUGCUUGCUCAGCUUGCAAGAAAAAAAGAAAAAAAUGUGACGGAAAGUAUCCGGUUUGCAGCGGUUGCGACAACUCCGGAACGGAAUGUACGAUUUACGAUAUCACCACCAGUCGUAUAAUUCCCAGAAACUACAUCGAGACUCUCGAGGGAAAGCUAGCUGAGCUAGCUGAUAAGCUCCAGCAUUCAAAGGCGACAAUUGAGAAAUUGGAAGGACUUUUACAACACAAUGAAAUUUCUGAAGGUUCUCCACAGUCCUGUGAGCUCCCUAUGCCUCCGACAUUGAUCCACAAGAACCAAGACUACAACCAACAUAAUCAAAAAUACAAAAACUUGGAGUCAGAAAUAGGGUAUAUUACCCUUGGUGUUGGGGCUGAAUCGAGAUUUAUGGGUGAUACUAGUGCCUUUUCCAUUGCUAAAGCUAUUACAAAUUCCAUUGAUUACUACAAGAAAGAAAGCCGAACCGCAAGUCUGUUCACAUUCAACGGUAUAUCUACUCCUCCAGAACCAGAAGAAUUUGAGCCUCCAUUUACCAAGCCAUCUUUCAAAGCAGCCCAGCUAUUCUUGAGCAGCUAUAAAGUAAUAGUGCAAUGCCAGUAUCCUUUCUUGGAAUGGAAGUGGGUUGAAAAGUGCUUUCAAAGAGUUAUGGAAAAUGACUCAGAAGACCCAGAAGAGAUGUUUUUCAUCUACAUGAUCUUUGCUAUCGGAGCCCAAUUGUCCUCGAACAACAGCCGGUUCUCAACCCUAGCAUAUGUCAAGGUCUACUAUAACAAAGCGAUGGAGUUUAUUGGGCCAAUAAUCGAGGUGAAUACCAUCAGAACCGUCCAAGCAUAUUUAAUGAUAUCGGCAUUUUCACAAAAAAUGCCCGAUGGUUCUUCCAUAUGGCAAUCCACUGGUUUGGCGAUUCGAACCGCCGUGGCUUUGGGGCUCCAUAGACAGCCCUACCGUAAUAAGGAGGACCAAAAGUUGGCCGAAGAAGCUAGAGCAAAUCUCCAAUUACGCUACAGAAUCUUCUGGUGUGCCUAUGGUAUGGAAAGAAUCAAUGGCAUUGUAUUGGGAAGACCGUUUGGAAUUUCUGACGUUGAUAUUGAUGCGUUGAUGCCGACGGAAAGUCCAGAAAUAGCAGUAGCUUGUCAUGUUUUCAAACUACGAAGAAUCCAGUCGAGUAUCUGCACCUUUGUCUACAAGCCAGUGGCUAUCAUGGAUUCUUUCGAAGAGAUAGACACCACCAGGGUCCAAAUUGUGCUCGAAUUGAACGAGUGGAUGACAACUUUUCCAGCAAAAGCUCAGCCUAUUUCCAUCUUUGAAACGAAUAACUGGUCGCAGAUUUCGUACCACAACUCCAUGGUGCUUCUUUUGCGGCCGGUAGUGCUCGAAGUCUCCAAACUAAGAGAACACUCUAAUCCAAGGUUACUAGAAUGGUUCAAGGUGUUCACACAAUCUGCCUCUGCCAUUUGUAUGAACUAUAAGGAUCUCCACUCCAAGGGAAAACUUGGAUAUACCUGGCUAGCAAUGCACUGUGUUUUCGUUGCUGGAUUAUCUUUUUUAUAUUGUUUGUGGAUUGACACCACUGUGAAGGUUUUGGAGUGGAAAAGAAGACGACUAAUUUACGACACAGUUUCGGCGUGUUCCAGUUCACUUUAUGUUCUCGCUGAACGUUUUCCUACUGCUUCGGUGUUCCGAGACACUUAUGAAAGAAUUGCCAAUACAGUCUUGACCAAAGUGGAGGAUGCAAAAAAAGAUACACCCGUCAAGUCCACGGCUCAGGGUGACUUUACAAUGGGGGUUUUGGACGAGGGAAGCAUUGGCAUCGAUCAGUAUCUAGGCUAUGAAGCAGAUUUGAAAGCACAGCUCCAGAGUGAUGCUUCCAUGACAAACACACAAAGAGUCACUAAUUCAAAGAGUCCAAUGAGCUCGGAUUUUGUGUAUGGAAUUGGAGACGGAAAGUAUAAUUAUAACGGCGACGGUUCCAUGUGGGAGUUUUUGGAUAACACUGGAGACAAGUUUCUUCGGGAUAUCUACUAUGACAUGGAGAAUAACUUUGCUGAAGACAGACAUGAACGCGAGGCAGGCUAA